CAGAAAUUCUCAGCGCAUCGCAUUGCGAAAUUGUGGGUGAGCCAAUGUUGAGCGCGAAGUAAAAACUUUAUUAAUAUUCCAUCUGGCUAUUUUUACAAGAAAAAUAAUAUCUUUCACUCUCGUGUGUCCUGUGUAUAGUGUGUGGAGAAAGAGCGCGUGUGACAUCUCAUGUGAUUGUCCGAUUGUCGCGCAUAUCGAUGUGGGCACGAGUCCCACGAAGGUGAUAAACUUAUCCAGAACCCCAGGAAAUAUUAACAAGUAUAUAUAAUUCGGGGCUACUUUGUAUGUUGAACUUGCCAGUAUGUUGUGAGUCGUCGCAGUCGCUGGCAGUGGCUGUACGGGCACUUUCUGCGCAUAGUGAAAAAUGUUUGCUGUCGGAAGGAUGUUCCUUGCUGUUUUCGCGUGAAUUCACCCCCUGGCAGCGUCGUGAGUGCGGCUCCCGUGGCCCAGGAGUGCGCCACCUGCAGCCACAAGUCCCCCCGCCAGCCCACCAGUGCAGCGCCUGGAGCCAGGCUCAGUGUGUGUGUGCGUGCGAGCAGUGCAGCCUCAGCUCCCGGAUAGUUGCGAAGGGGUGGAGAAAAAUCCCCGCCAAGGACUCGCGAGUCGCGCUGCAAGUGAAUUGAUAAGGGAAGUGAGUGCGAUAAGAGCUCCGCCGUGAGAUGCUGCGAUUUCAAUAAGUCGCUGCGUUCGGUGGAAAGCACACAUCAGUGCGCGAAUUGCGGGAAAGCCCGUGAGAGUUGAUUGAGUGGCAGAGGCUCUCGUGAUAAGGACACCCCCUUCAAAAUAUUGAUCAAUUCAUCACAGCUCUAUUUAGAGAGAGUCCUCGAGAGGCACAAUGGGCUGUCAGCUCGGAAAGCUGUCCGGGGUGUCGAAGGGCGACGACGGCCAGGCUUUUGCCCCCAAUGAGGCGCCCAAGCAGGCCACGGACUCGCGCCUGCCGCUCACCGCCAAGCAGAAGUACACGAUGCUGGCGUCCUGGAAGGGCAUCAGUCGCGCCAUGGAGCAAACGGGAGUCUGCAUGUUUAUCAAAUUGUUCGAAGAGCACGCGGAUCUACUCAACAUGUUCACCAAAUUCAAGGAGAUGAAGACGAAGGAGCAGCAAGCCAAGUCGGAGGAGCUGCAGGAGCACGCGAACAAGGUGAUGGAGACCCUGGACGAGGGCAUCCGCAGUCUUGACGACCUGGACGCGUUCUUCCAGUAUCUCCACCAAGUAGGUGCUUCCCAUAGGCGAAUUCCCAACUUCAAGGCGGACUACUUUUGGAAAAUAGAGCGGCCCUUCCUGGCGGCGGUGGAGACCACUUUAGGGGAUCGGUACACACCAAAUGUAGAGGGAAUUUAUAAGCUAACAAUUAAAUUUAUCAUAGAGACGCUAAUAACAGGGUUCAAUAAAAGUGCCAAUUCAGCAGCACCGGUGAACAAUGACAGUGUAAAUGUUAACACAAAAUCCUGAACAACCCCACAAGAUGAGUAUGAAAAUAGCAAAGGUGUACUAUACGUUCACUGUGUCAUAAUUUAUAUAACAAGUAUAUAAAUGUUUAUAACAUCACAAGUCAUUUACAUUGAGCGGAGGCGUGAAAUUAUAUUAAAAAGAAAAGAUAAACAAAUGAGAAAACAAUUGUGAAAAAUUUGUCAUAUUGAAGGAAUAGAAAGGGAGAAAACAUAAAUAAAUAAAUCUCGCAUUGAGAGUAAAAAAGUAUAAAUGAUGUGGUGUCAACUUCUUUGUGAAUCACCGUUUUUCAAUUACAUGAUGUUAGAGAUAUUGUAUAAAAAGAAAUUGAGAAAAUAAAAUUCUAUAUAUAUAUACAAGAAGGAUUAGUUAAUGAAAUGUGGAACCUAAGGAUAUUAUUUAUAUUAGGCAAGAGAAUAUAUAUUAAAAAAAACAACCAUAGUUGUAUAUUCAGAGUGGAUAUUUAUAUUGACGUGACUUUUGUGCACUGGGAAAGCACAUUUUUACCAAAAGAAUAAAAAGAGAAAAACAACUAAAUCCACAGAGGCGCCAAUCACACCACAUCUCGUGUAGUGGCGCCUCAACCCCUUCUCAUGGGCCCAGCAAAAAUAUAAGAAAAAAAAAACAUUUGUACAAAUGAGAAAGCGCGCAUAGAAACACCUUUUUGGGCAAUAACUCUUUCACCAAAACACCUCACAAUUGGCCAUUUUCCAUCGCAAGAACAUUCAUUGAGCAACAUCAACACUGUGCCUUUUGAGAUUGUGAAGUUGACAAGAAUUCAAUUUUCCACCCCAAGUGUGAAUUUGCUGGACAAUUUCAUGACUCUCUCUCUUCCACCCUUAAGCAAAAGCUUCCCAUCCAUGAGGCACAGUGUCUUCCAAUUACUCACGGGACACUGUUGUAUGUAAAUAGCGGAAAGACAAAUACAUUUGCUGGCGUGACACAUCAAGAAAGCGAGAGACGUCCAAUAAAUUUCGGCACAGUGUAUUUGUUUUUCCCGAUGGCUAGAGGAAAAAAAAAGAA